CGGCGCGUGGCCCCGGUUACGGCCUCAUGUCCAUCCGGGUGGACGGGAACGACGUCUUUGCCGUCUACAACGCCACGAGGGAGGCGCCGCGCCGCGCCGCGGCCGAGCACCCGCCCNGGUUUUUUGAUUCCUCCCCCCGUAGAAUCGGCCACCACAGCACCAGUGAUGACAGCUCAGCCUAUCGCUCCGUGGACGAGGUGAAUUACUGGGAUAAACAGGAUCACCCCAUCUCCCGCCUGCGGCACUACAUGGUGAACCGGGAAUGGUGGGACGAGGAGCAGGAGAAGGGCUGGAGGAAGAGCUCCCGCAAGAUGGUGAUGGAGGCCUUCGAGCAGGCGGAGCGGAAGCCCAAGCCCAACCCCCAGCUCCUCUUCUCCGACGUGUACCGGGAGAUGCCCCCCCCCCUGGCAGAUUAA